AAAAUGUACGACAGAUACGAUGUUUCAGAGGAUCGGCAUUUUCAGGACAAAGGAAUUGGCGUGGAAGACUUCCAAAUUGAUACCCGCGGAUCGCACAUGGCGCCGUUGAGCAUCCUUUCGCCGCAUAAAGAGGAUACUGCAGUACAGGAGUUUGCCGGGAACAAGAGCGACUCCGUUAAAAAAAGUUCCCGGGAGAACACCAUUCCGAUUAUUAUUGUUCCGUCUGCUCCUACUUCAUUGUUGACCAUUUUCAACGUCAAGGAUUUUCUGGAAUCCGGCAUCUUUACACCUUCCAGUGAAGCGAGGGCGGCUAUGGGACAGAAGCCCCCGAUGGUCGUUGUAUACCGCAAAAUGCAUGGCGGGCGGACGGUGCCCUUCCAUGUGUACGACCAGACCCAUAAGUUCACUCAGGAGCAGUGGGACCGGGUGUGCGCCAUCUUCAUUGUGGGCAUGGCCUGGCAGUUUAAGGGCUUUCCCUUUAAUUCCGAUGCAGUCAAAAACCUCAACAAGUUUCGCGGUUACUUCUUGGCCUUUAACGAUCCUCUGUUUACUAUUCCGGAAAACAUCCACAAGUGGGACGUGUGCGUGCUGAAGGUAAACAAACGCGAUCGAGAUAUUGAUGCAACCGCCUACACCGAAUUCUGGGAAGACUUGGAUAAGUUUUGGUCUCAUCGGACGGGGAAACCCAUUAUGAAUUGA